UUAAGUCUUCGGGACGCAAACCUCUGCACAUUUCCUUACGCUUUUGUUUUUCGACUCCUGGAUAGAGACAUAGCAUGAAUAUGUGGUCCGCAUUGGUUUUGUUUACCCUCAUAGUGCCCUGCACUACAGAGUUUGCACCCCCUUUAUUGAUAAGCCUGGAUGAUCCCCCCGGAACACGAUGGGCGCCAAUACUGAAAGUAUUUGACAUUAAGUAUCUGAAUGCCGCAAUGUCUGAAAUAAUUGACACCACGGUUCCAAAAUGGGUCCAUAAAGCUGUGACUCCUGUGGUGCUUGCUUUGGAGAAGUAUAUCCCUGAGCCGUACGCAGGCGAGAUCCGUGGCAUGGCUUCUCUCUCCGGAGCCAGCGUCUCAGACAUUAUACUGCUUAACUUUGCCUAUGAAAUAUCUGCAUUUUGUACAAGCAUUGUUGCUCAAGACACCAAAGGAAAUGUGUACCAUGGUAGAAACCUUGAUUACCCAAAGAAAGUACUGAGGAAUCUGACUGUCAACGUACACUUUAUGAAGAAGGGGCAGGUGGCUUAUCGUGGCACAUCGUUUGCUGGCUACGUGGGCCUGUGGACAGGACAGAGUCCCAAAAGGUUCACCAUAUCUGGGAACCAGCGUGGUAAGGAUCGCUGGUGGAACUGGUGGAAGAAUGUAAUCUCUGCUCUCCUUUUGAAGAGAUCCCCGGUCAGCUGGUUGAUCAGGGAGACCUUAGAAGGAGCAGUGGACUUCCAGGAGGCUGUUCUUAGGCUGUCCAAGACCCCCAUUAUCACAGGGGUCUACUACAUCAUUGCGGGGGUGCGGCCGGGGGAAGGAAAGGUGAUAACCAGGGACAGGAAUGGCCCUGCUGAUAUCUGGCCGUUGGAUCCUUUGAAUGGAGGAUGGUACCGUGUAGAGACAAACUUUGACCAUUGGCAGCCUUCCAAAGGCGCGGGUCAUCGUCGAAGAGACGAAGCCGUCAAGGCGAUGGAUGCUACCGGACAGAAAAACAUCAACUUGGCUACUCUUUAUCAGGUUUUGUCUGUGUAUCCAGUGUGCAAUGGAAUUACUGUUUAUACCACCACCAUGAGUGCAGCAAUUCCCGGGGAAUACAACACUCUUGUCAGGCCACAGGGUUGUCACGGCAAAUGGUGAAUCAAAAAUUUAGGAUCAACAGAAGCGGGUUUGAGGAGUCAUUUUUUGUAACCUCAGCAUAGAACACGGCAAAAUGUUUCUAAAAUUUAAAUUACUAACUAGGUAUGUCUCACACCCAGGAGAUGAUUAUUAAACAUAAUGGAUAUGUAUUACCCCAUGCUCCAAGUGUUAUAAAGGGUCUUUAAUUUGUAUUAAUGUUACUGUAACAACACAGAAGUUUUGCACUUUGGAAGAGGCAAAUCCCUCUUGUUUUGAGGAAACAUGAUGAAGGACAUUAGCUGGAUGGAUGCCACCUUCUUAACGCUACACCUAACAUAAUUAGUUGCAGGCCUAUCACUGAAAUAAAUGUAAGAACUUUUAUCUCAAACAAUCACUAUGCAAAGUUAAAUUGGCUGAGCAGAAUUUUGCCCUCGACCACCCCAGCCCCCAUCUGGUUGGUUUUGCUCUGUGUUAACCUAAGCAAGCGGUUGAGAUAUCCGAUGUACCCUUUGGGGAUUGUAAAGUGCUCCCUAUUGUCAAAUGUUGGUAUGCUGUUGGUAUUCUGUAUCUGACAUCUUUAUGUAAUGCUUUACAUCCUACAGCGGGGAGCAACAGAAAAGAGUGGAACCAUACAGCCAAACUAAAUUGUAUUAGCAUUUCAUGCAAUAAAUGGUUAACUCUA